AUGAAUAAGAUUGAAACGUUAUUAACACACAUUUGCAAAGAAUGGUCAUUGCUCAGAUCAGGUCCUGAAUUUGAUAUUAUGCUGAAAUAUGCCGAUCAGGGAUGUGAAUAUACUUUUUGGAUUUUAACAUUGUACUUAAGCGCAAUAAUGGUAUACAUAACGUUACCGAAUCGAGCUAAAAUACUGGAAUGGUUAGGAUUAUCUGAUCAACCAGCAAAGAUUGAGUUUCCUUAUCCUUUAUAUUUUCCAAUAAUUGAUAUGGAAAAAUAUUUCUAUUUUCUUGAAGCUCAUGUUAUGCUAACUUUAUAUGUUAUUACUUAUAGCUAUCAAUUAGAACAUUUAUCUGACAUUGGAUCCUUAGAAAUUAAUCUAUAUCCUAAAAAACAAGUCGAUAGAGAAUUUCGGGUAUUAUCCGAAUGCAUUCGACGACAUAAUCGAGCUUAUGAAUUUGUGAAAAUUCUUGAUGAUACUUUUUGUUGGAUUACACUUAACACGAUCGGCAUGGAAGUAUUAACUAUGACUUUUUCAGGAUUUUGGUUAAUGACACAUCGAGAUAAUGUGGACGAAAUCCUGCGAUAUGGAGCAUUUUUGCUUGGACAAAUAAUGCAUGUAUUCAUUCAAAGUGCUUUUCCACAACAACUAAUGGAUCAUUCUGCACAAAUCGCUGAAGCUGUAAUCAUGUGUAAAUGGUACUCUUUAUCAAUGAGAACACGAAAAUUGCUGAUUUUAAUUUCGAUGAGAAGUAAAAUAGUGGCCCGUAUUACUGCUGGAAGAAUGUUUACAUUAUCCUUGGAGUUUUACUGUGCUGUAUUAAAAUCAACAAUGUCAUAUUUUACACUUUUGAAUUCUGUCCAAGAAAUCUAAUCAACUAUUGAAUCAUAUUUUUAUUAAACUAUGAAUGAUUAUUGAUGGUCAGCUAUUAAAUUUUUGCCAAAAUGGAAAAAU